GCGAAAACAAAAGAAUCGGCACACCGAUGUUACGGGAUCUUCAACCAUCGCUACUGCAAGCGGUUCCGCUGCACCUCCCAUUGCCAUCGGUGAGUCGCUCCGACCUCGCCAGCUCGACCUCGACCCACGCUGACGACCGGGCGAAAGAAUCGCCCCAUGCCGGGGCGCUAUCCGCCCUCCACAGGACUCCAAAGUGCAAGCCGCACAAUCAGCGGCAAUGGAACCUCCUGCGGAAGCAGGCAGCCUAGACCUACUAGACCCAAUCAGUUGCAGCAAAGAAGAAGCCUUGUCCUUCCUAGCCCUGGCACCAGUCUCGGGCAAGAAUGCAAGCGAUGAGGAGUACAUCUCAAGCUUCGAUGGUGGCAUUAAAUGCAGAUCCCAGGAGAAGGAAAGCUUGCGUGGAUCGAAAGGAUUGAAAGGUGAACCAUUUGUGAUCCCUCCUUUCAUCCAACCACGGCGGCAGUGUUCGAUGUUUCCUUUGAGUUGCUGGAAGCAUGGCAGAAACUCUUCACCGUGAGCCGAGAUGUCUCUUGGAGUCGCACCGAGUGAUGGCCAUCGGCGUUUCCGAGUGAAGAGCUGCUCUUCUCGCUGCUCAGUUUGUAGACUUGGAGUGGGUCGGCAGGUGGCCGA